AUGUCUGCAAUAAAAAGAAUAUCAGAUAGAGCACUUGCUCAAUUGAAAAAAAGAUACCAACCAAGUGAUUUCCGACCAACUUUUAAAGAAUUUAGACUAUCUACAAAAGGAUCCUACCAGCCUAUUAAACCCGAGAAACGACCACCUAGACUUAAAAAACCUAAACAUCCUAAAUAUGAACGAGAUGCUCCUAAAAGACUAUCUACAAAAGGAUCCUACCAGCCUAUUAAACCCGAGAAACGACCACCUAGACUUAAAAAACCUAAACAUCCUAAAUAUGAACGAGAUGCUCCUAAAAGGUAUCGUUUUGGAGAAGAUUUUUUGGGAAAGAUUUGA